AUGGACAGCAAAAAACAAGCGAAUGGCAACACGCCAACAAAAGAGAAAAACAAGAGUAAAGAUUCGCCUCUACAAAAAGAUGUUCCUGGUAUUAUAUCAAGAUUUUUCUUUUGUUGGAUGAUGCCUUUAUAUUACAAUGGUAUUAAACGGGACUUAGAAGAAUUUGACCUAGUGCCUGCUAAGCAUCAAUAUGAUUCUAAAGUUGUAGGGGAUUUAUUAGAAAGGAAAUGGCUGGAAGAGGAGGCAAAAGCCAGAGCGGAUGGUCGCACGCCGUCUCUCAGGAAUGUGUUGAUCAAAACUUACUGGUUAAGCUUCAUUCCCGGCGGCAUUAUGCAGUUCCUAUAUGUAUCGAUCAGGACUGUGACACCACUCCUGUUCGCGCAGUUGCUGCAGUAUUGGUCGGUGAAUUCAACAAUGUCCCGUGAGACGGCUGUGGUGUAUGCCGUGAGCAUGAUUGCGGCCAAUUGGGUGGGUGCCUUCUUCAAUCACCACGGCAACUUGUAUUGCCAGCAAUUCGGCAUGAUGUUACGCGUUGCUACCAGCUCGCUUAUGUAUAGAAAGUUAAUGCGUAUGAAUAACGCUUCCUUAGGUGAUACGGCAGUUGGCAAGGUAGUGAAUAUCCUCUCUAACGAUAUGCAGAGGUUCGAUUUGGCUAUGCUGUUCCUCCACUAUGUAUGGAUCAUACCACUUCAGAUGGCCGCGGUGUGUUAUUUGGGUUAUAUUCAGGCGGGUCCUGCGGCACUUGUAGGCCUAGCUGCUUUAGUCGUCAUCGCUUUACCUAUUCAAGGUUAUCUCGGUCAACUAAUUGGAAAGCUGCGAAUGCGAAUUGCGGAAAAAACUGACGAGAGAAUUAAAGUGAUGACUGAAGUUAUUAAUGGGAUACAGGUUAUUAAAAUGUACGCAUGGGAGUUGCCUUUCCAAAAUGUGGUGAGUGAGAAGCGUGGUGCCGAGAUGAAACAAGUAAGGAUUGCGUUGCUGUAUCGUACCGUUUUCCUGGGCUUCAUGAUAUUCACGGAGCGAGCGGCUCUCUUUGUCACAGUUCUAGUCUUCAUUCUCUUCGGAAACACAAUAACUGCAAAUAUUAUCUAUCCUCUGCAGCAAUUUAUGAAUGCGGCUCAUAUCAACAUUACUUUAGUGUUACCCCUUGUGCUGGCUUUCACCGCUGAACUCUUCGUCUCGAUUAAGAGAAUUCAAGACUUCCUUAUUCUGGAGGAUCGUCCUGACUUAGUUAAGAGUUCACAUGGAUCUUCACCGUCGAGGUUAUUCCAAAAAUCAUCUUCUGUUUUUGAAAAAUUCGAAGGACCCAUCAGACCUCUGUCCUUCCAAACCCAUUCAGAAUUUAGUGAUAAUAUUGGUAAACAAAUGCAACCGGUCAAUCGUAUGAUGCUUCGAUCAUUGUCGCAGCCUGGAGGGGAUACCGCUGUGGAAUUACGUAAUGUCACCGCUAGUUGGACCGGUGAUCCUAAUCUAUGUGCUCUCAAGAAUAUUUCAGUAAGAAUAAGGAGGGGCAAGCUAUGUGCAAUUAUUGGUGCUGUGGGUUCAGGAAAGUCGUCAAUUCUACAACUAUUGCUGAAAGAGCUACCCGCUGCCAAUGGAACCGUAUCAAUUUACGGGAACCUUUCAUAUUCCAGCCAGGAACCAUGGCUGUUCCCCAGUACAGUCAGAGAGAACAUUCUUUUCGGAUUGCCGUAUGAUGCUGAAAAAUAUAAGAGGGUUUGUAGAGCUUGUUGUCUCGAAAAAGACUUCAAGCAAUUCCCCUACAGCGAUCAGACGUUGGUGGGUGAGAGAGGGGUGUCCCUGUCGGGAGGUCAGAGGGCCCGAAUCAAUUUGGCUCGCUCCGUAUAUAGAGAAGCAGACAUUUAUCUCUUAGAUGAUCCAUUAUCAGCUGUGGAUGCGAAUGUUGGUCGUCUUUUGUUUGAAGGUUGCAUUAACGGCUACCUGCGGGGGAGCACGCGGAUUCUUGUCACUCAUCAAAUACACUUCCUGAAAGCGGCUGACUAUAUCAUCGUGUUGAAUGAGGGUCAAAUAGAAAACAUGGGUACCUUUGAAGAAUUGACACAAUCGGGCAAAGAGUUCUCAACUAUGUUGGCCUCCCUGCAAGAAGGCAAGGAUAAGGACGGUGAUAGCAUUGGUUCUGGAGCAAGUGUGGAAGGUAAAGAAAAGAAACGGCCUGCGAGGACUAUCUCAGUAAAUAAUGAGGUAGAAGAACUUGAUGAGUUUGAGGCGCAGAAAAUGCAAGCGGAGGAACGAGCUUCAGGCAACUUGCGCUGGAAUGUCGUUGUGGCCUAUUUCCGUUCCGGCGGUAGCAUUUGUUACAUAUUAUUUACUCUCGGCAUGAUAUUACUAGCCGCUGGUGCAUCGGCUGCUACAGAUUACUGGGUUAGUUAUUGGUCGAACAGCAUGGCAGCAUACGAAGAAUCCCUAGAGGGUGCUCCACCAGAGCCAGGAUUAGAUGUGCAAGUCGGCAUGUUCACGACUGGCCAAUACUUAAUUAUACACGGAUCUUUAGUGUUGGCGGUUGUCCUUAUUACCAAUCUCCGUGUGUUCCCAUUUGUUGGACUUUGCAUCGGUGCCUCCAAGAAACUCCAUAACUAUAUGUUUUCCACAAUGUUAAAGGGAAUAAUGCGUUUCUUCGAUACCAGCUCGUCAGGACGUAUCCUAAACAGGUUUACAAAAGACAUGGGGGCGUUGGAUGAAAUAUUGCCUCGAACGCUUCUGGACGUUCUCCAGAUCAACGGCGUUUUACUUGGCAUCUUAAUACUAAAUGCAAUUGCCUUGUACUGGACAUUGAUUCCCUCUGCUGUGAUGCUCUUACUCUUUUUCUUCAUGGUUAGAAUUUACUUAAAGAUGGCGCAAAGUGUUAAAAGACUGGAAGGAACAACUAAAAGUCCUGUGUUUGGUAUUGUGACAUCGUCACUUAACGGAAUUGCCACUAUCAGAUCUGCUGGAGCUGAGCAAAGGCUGAUAAACGAUUUUGACAAUCAUCAGGAUUUGCACACUGCUGCGUGGAAUGGCUAUCUCUGCGGUGGUGGCUCUUUUGGAUUAUAUUUGGAUACCAUGUGUUUGGUAUACCUCACCACUGUGAUAUUUGUCUUCCUAUAUCUUGAUUUCGGUGAUAUAAUAGCUGUGGGUAGUGUCGGUCUGGCCGUGACCCAGAGCAACAUGUUGACUGCCAUGCUUCAGCACGGAGCGCGUAUGUUGGUCGAGUUUAUAGCUCAGUUGACCAGUGUCGAAAGAAUACUCGACUACACACGCAUAGACACAGAAGAAAACCUCUUUGAAGGCAAAAUAGCAUCAAUCCCUACAUGGCCAUCAAAUGGUGCGAUUGUGUUCGAUAAUGUUAGCAUGCGAUAUUCACCAGAUGAAGCGCCAGUACUUAAAAACUUGAAUAUUGCUAUCCAAAGUGGUUGGAAGGUGGGCAUUGUAGGCAGAACUGGCGCAGGCAAGUCUUCUCUUAUAUCAGCCUUGUUCAGGUUCGCUUACAUUGAUGGGACAAUCACCAUAGAUAAAAUAGAUACAGCUUUAGUUGCUAGACAGGAACUCCGGUCCAAAAUCUCGAUAAUCCCUCAAGAGCCAGUACUGUUUUCAGCUACUAUCAGAUAUAAUUUAGAUCCUUUCAAUAUCUAUAGCGACGCUGAUAUUUGGAGAGCUCUUGAACAGGUGGAUAUGAAGGGUGCAGUGCCAUCCUUGGAUUUCAAAGUGACAGAAGGAGGCGCCAACUUCUCGGUGGGCCAGCGGCAGCUACUUUGCCUUGCCAGGGCAGUUCUUCGAUCAAACAAGUUGCUGAUCAUGGAUGAAGCAACGGCGAAUGUGGAUCCUCAGACCGACAGUUUCAUUCAACAAACGAUCAGAAAACAUUUUGCUUCAUGCACAGUGCUCACGAUAGCCCACCGUCUUAAUACUAUAAUGGACUCAGAUAGAGUAUUGGUUAUGAGUGCUGGCCAAGUUGCAGAGUUCGAUCACCCAUUCAUUUUACUAUCGGACCCUAACAGUCAUCUCACGUCAAUGGUCAAGGAAACUGGAGAAAAGAAUGCUUCUCAACUCCUCGAAGUUGCAAGAGAAGCUUAUUUCCAAAGCAAUAUGAAAGAGAAUGCAAGAUGA